AUAUCGGUUGUUGAACAGGUGCCACCAACAUCCAACAAAAUUCCACUCGCGUUCCGGUUGACCGAGCCACGCGAAAGGCACGAGCGUGGUGUAUAGCCACGUAUUCUUUACGGUUCCAGGUCAUACAUAAGUUCGUCGCUACGUUUUUUUUUUUUAAAUCAAUUUCAUUUGUAUUCUCGCUGCGGUUUCAUGUAUUUUACGGAAAUGGAGAUCACAAAGACGCAAAUAAGUUCUUGCGCGUACCGUUUACAGAUUUCGGAUAGCUUUGCGUCUCUACAGAAAGCUACGUCUCCAAGCAGCCCGGAGCGCGCGGUCAUGAAAAGGCAGCGUUGCAGCAGCCCGGAGCGCCUGAGGUGUACGCGCAGGUUGAACUUCGGAGCUCUUGGUCUCGGGGUCGCUCAGCAGCAGCAGCCGGUAGCUGUGGCCAGGCGUAACGAGCGAGAGAGGAACAGGGUGAAGCAGGUCAACAUGGGCUUCCAGACUCUACGCCAGCACGUGCCCAACGGUGCGGCCAACAAGAAGAUGAGCAAAGUGGAGACACUGCGCUCGGCUGUGGAGUACAUCCGCGCGCUCCAGCGGCUUUUGGACGAGCACGACGCCGUGUCUGCUGCGUUCCGGUGCGUUGUCCCGUCUCCCACAGUCUCGAGUUCGUGCUCUGCUGGCCCAGAGUCCCCCCGCUCCGCCUGCUCCUCUGACGAGGGCGGAUACGAGCAACUAAAUUCGGAAGAACAAGAGCUGCUGGACUUCGCCGCAUGGUUCGACGGGUUCUAAUCACAGGUGUGUUUGUUCCUGUGGUGGUGCUGAAAAGAACAGCAGUUUUUCCGGUGCUCCAUUCCGGAGCGCGCGUUAUAUCAGAUCACGAUACAUGCGCGAGGAAAGUUCCGGGCGGCGCGCGCAACACUCAAGGCCAAAAGUCUGGACACCCCCCAAUGUUGUGAUUACAAGAACAUCUGGAGAAUAUGCGUGGCGAAUAUUGAUUACUGACUAAUACUCAGAAACUUUCAACUGACACACACACUCUAUAUAUGUAUUGUAUGUAUGUAUGUAUGUAUGUAUGUAUGUAUGUAUGUAUGUAUGUAUGUAUGUAUGUAUGUAUGUAUGUAUGUAUGU